CCCGUGCCGCGCCGCGGCCGCCAUUUUGCUGCCCCCGCACGUCUUGACAUGUCUUUCUAAUGUUAUUAUCGACGGACGUCGAGAAAUUUUGCGCGUGUGACCCGCGUCGUGUGUGAUCGCCCGUGGUGAAGCGAGUCCGCGCGCGAGUGCAGGAAGCUCGUGCCGUGGGCCGUCCCGACGUGCCGCCCCCGACCGUUGCCUUUGUCCGCUGGAGCGAUCGCCAGUGUGUCGUCCCAACCUCGAUCACCCCGAGUCGAGAGAGUCCGACGUCGAGAACGAGAGCUGGUGGCCGAGCAGCGGGCCCUGCGAUCGCGAGCGAUCUCAUUUCGUGGGACACGAGUAUGCUGCGAGGUCUGUCCCGGGAGUACUUCCCAUCGCCUCGCUGAGAUCGGGCUGUCCUGUCGUCCCGACGUGAGCGAACCUAACCUAAACGGAGGGGGAAAAAAGGCAGGCAGGCAGGAAAGACAGGACCCCGUCCGUCGGAGCGACGAACGUCGAGCAUUCCCCGCGCGCGGGGAGAUCACCCUCCGGUGAUAUGGCCACGAUCCCGACCGCGGGAUUCUCGAGGCGUGCCACUUCGGCAGUGCUGCACACCGACCUGACGUCCGCCCGACACGCGACGACGACGACGACGAUGAUGACGAUGAUGACGACGACGCAGUUGCUCCAACAUGUGUAGGCUGUCGCUUGGCGUAGAGGCACUGCUAUGCGAGGCAAGGAUCGUUUUUGUCCUGAUCUAGCAAUGGACUAAGUUCACGCUUGUUGUUCGAACCAGGGAACCCGCGUGUCGCGGACAUUCGUAGGUCGCAGUCACGAGUAGCGUUGAACGACGUUGACGAUGCCGGUCGAGUAUUAAUCUCUGUACUUUGUAGACAUACAAAGAGUCGUUGAGUCGUUCCGCAAGCCUUCUGUUAGUUUAACGCAAUUUCCAUGACUUGUUUGACUGUGUACGUUUAGAGGAGAAAGAUACAUUAUAGUGUAACGUUAUCGAUAUACUCAAAUGUGACUGGUGUAUCGCCCAAUCUACCUUUUAAUUUAUUGAGUCUUAUGUAGUGUAUAAUGUUCGGUUCGUGCAAAUACGCUUAAAUCUUCUUUUUUUUUUACUUGGCUAACUUGGUAAUAGCAAUAUCUGUGAUAUAACAUAAAAUUCUUUUAAUUUUCUCAUGUACAGUCUCAGUAUUACAUUAUUAAUAAUCAAUGGGGUAGCUUAGCUUGUAUUUGGAUCUUGGCACAUAGCGUGAACUAAGUUUUAUCUAGAUAGGAAGAAAGUUGACUUGGAGGAUUUGAGAAUGCAGGUGGAACAGAUCUGGACAGAAGCGGCAAUCAAUGAAGGUCCCUAUUUCCGAAAACUCAAACAUGGACAAUAAAUUGAAGUUUUCGGACCGAUUGAAGGCUUUGCUGAAAACCGAGGCACAUCAAGAUGUUGAUCCGUACAUUUUCAGUGAACCGGAACCAUUUGCCACGGCAGCGGGGAGAAAUGCCACGGUGGUUCCACCCACAAAUUCCGAAGUGAUGCAAAGUUGCAAGAACAACAAGCCGAAGGGGAAAUGCGUGAAGCAGAGAAUAAGGGUGGCGCCUGUGCCAGGCGCAGGCUACAAGAUUGUCGGGGUCAAUGCCACGGCGGAGACGAGCGUCGAAGACGGGAUUGGGGUGAACCUGGGUCACAAAUUUUCUAAUCUAGUUAAGCGUAAGCAGCAACACACCGAGAAUUUGCAGAGAUUGCGAUCUAGGAGGCAAAGUCGGGACCACACGCUGUUGUAUUAUCCGAGGGCCGGGGAUGAGAUAUCCGACAGCGAUUCAAGUGGGGACGAGAUGACGAUCUAUCAGCAUCAUUGGUUCCCCGGCGAGUCCACUGCGUCGCCGAAUCGAGCGGCUCGACUGUCCCAACUGCGUUCGCAGCUACAACGACAAUUGCUUCAGUUGCGUAUCGAGGGGGCUGACGCUGAAGCUGUACUGCGGCACAGGGUCAGAUGCUUGUUGGAGGCCGCUUCCAAAGAUCCCGCUUCUACCGCGCGAGCUUUGAGCGACUCGCCGAGCACCAGCAAGAUACUCGACGGGCCGUUGCUAGUUGGCGGGCCGUGCGGGGCGGAGGGAUGCCAACAGACGUCUUUGCCCUGUACUCGGCAUUGCUCCCGCCACAUUAUGUUAAACGGAGAUCAGCUUUUAUUCGAGCAUUGCACUGCCAAGUUUAGUGACAACACACAGUGUUGUGUUCCUGUGUUUGACGUUGCGCACGAAUUGCCUCUUUGCCCGGAGCACGCGCGGAAGAGGGACAAUUAUCACCGUAAAAUUCAAGAAUCCAAACCAAAGAAAGCUCGUAAAAAGCCAGCCUCCCCCCCUAUCCCGGCGAAGCCUAAACCCAAGUCCAAGCCGAAAAAACGCAAACGGCCGCCCUCGAAUAAGAUAGAGACUACCAAGGGUGCUGCAUUGAUGCACGAGGAGAGUCAUUACAUGAGCCAAAUAAACUGUAGUGAAAACCAUAACAAGACGUUGAACAACCUGAAUGUUCCGCAGGGAAGUUCAAAUUCGUCUAACUUAAAUCUAGGAUUGGGAUUAGGCUCUCUUGGUCUGAGCGGAGGGCUCAAAGUCGAGCUUGGGGAUAACGAAGUAUUCGCUUCCUUGGACUCUGCCGAGCAUGACUUUGGCACCGUGCUGAACAACUUACCUCCGGAUGCUUUUAACGACUUAUUUAUCGAGGGUAGAAACGGAGAUUAUGAGCCGUCGAGAGAAGAAGAGGAGGAAUUGCAACGGGCUUUGGAAGAGGUUGAUAAAGAUGUACGAAACUUGGAGAGGAUGGGGCAGACGCAUGGACUUUUAGAGCCGGCAUUGCUCGCCCAGCUUAUGUCGGAUAUUGCCUCGUAGCCCCACCAAUCCUAACGUAAUAAUUUUUUUUUUUUGAAAGGAAUUCGUGCGUGUUCCUUGUAACGUAGAAAGAAAUACUGUUUGUGUCUGUGCUGCUAAACGUAAGAUUGUGUUAUAGACUGUUAUUACGUAGCCACGCAAGUCCGAGAUAAUGGCAGGGAUUGACAUACAGAAAGUAACAAAUGAAAAAAAUGAAAAAAAAAACCGAUAGCAAAUUUAUGAAUUUAGUAUAAAUAGCAUUGGGUACAAUACCACCAGGUAGGUUUAUGUCAAACAAGUAGUAAUGUAAAAAAUCGAGAAUUCCAUCCUUUUUGACAAAUAAUCACGGACAUUCUGCGUCAUUAUUAUAAUAAAUGCAAUAUCUUUGUAGCUUAUUUGCAGAUACUUUGACUUGCACUUGACAAAUUUGCUUAGAAAAAUGGUUAUAGCUGCAAUUAAUACACGCAAUCAUUUUGGAGGGGGUAACGAAAUGUAUAAGUAGAUGGAGAGGAAGUGAACGCAAUUCACGUAAAUGGUUCAAACUUUAUUCCAACACACGCGAGCUAAAAAAGUUUUCAUUUUUAUAUAUGGCUUGUUUUUAUUGAAAGAAACAGCGGAGGAGUUAUCUAAAUUACGUUACUCUAAUAGCUCCCAUAUUUAUUGAACUACACGUAAUGUCUAGCUAAUUACUGAUUACUCAAAUAAUAGGUACAAAGGUAUUUUUAUGACUGAUUUGUAAUGAUUUUAUCUGUUAUCGAUUAUACUAUAGCAACUGUGAGAAACGUAUUCAGGUUUACAAAUUGGAGUUUAACUUUACAAAUUAAAGUACAGAAUAAUUGGAGUCAACAAACGUAAUAUUUGAAAGAAAUAUUUGGUGUUCGUAUAUAACUUUGUAUAUAUAUAUAUAUAUACAUACAUAUAUAUCAUUCUUACAUUAGAGCAAAUUGUCGUAGUAAAAUUAUUCAUUAUUUUGCAGAAUGUAAAAAUUGGUAUUUGCAUUAUUUUUCCAAUGGUGAAAAUAUACAGCACAUGAAAAAAAUAUUGAUCUAGGAUAAAUUACUAUAUUUGAAUUUUAUUUUAUUUAAAUAAAAUACAUUUUUCCAGAAUUUAAUUUUCAUUAUAAAACCUUGUGUCUGUACAAACACAGGACUGAAUUUAUAAAAAAAAAAUCUAUACAUAUGUCUACAUAAAUAUAUGUGACACGUAGUGUAUAUAAUCACGUUUUUUUCCAUCAUCUGAUUCCUACAGUAACACAAAUAAUCACAUUUAUUAAAUAACGUUAUAUUGUUAAUAUGUGCAUGAUCAAUAUUGUCAUUUUAUCCAUUCUGUAUUAUAUUCAUGUAGACAAAUGUUGAGCGACGAUAGAGUAGCUGUAAUAUCUAAAUGAAGUAACAAUUAGCAAGAAGUGCCGAAAAAAUUUUCAUUUUUCAACAUUGUUACCGAACGUGCAACACGCUUUGCAGCCUUAUAAUGAGACGAUGACACGCUGCGCAUUAGCUAUGUAUUAGUAAAAGAAAACGUUAUCACGUAUAUUUUUUCAAGAGAGCACUCUUCCGAUGAUUAUUUGAGAAGAGGAUCUUUUUCUUUUUUUUUAUGAGGAGCAUAAAGGCACAGAUUCUGAAAGUAAAACUAGAUCGGCGUGAAUGGUUGAAUUUCUUACUGCCAGUUGACUUCUAAAGUACCACACGUGCACAACAGUACAUUGUUAUAAUUCCGUGUGUAAUGGUAAAACGGAUAUAUUAUGAAUCAUCAUAAUUUCAAUACAUAUCGUAACAACGUGAUGAGAUGGGAAACUAUUAUAUAUUACAUAUUUAGCUUACAGAUGAAGCAAAUUACUCAAAACGCGAACGUGUGUGUGCAUAAUAACGGGCAGAUGUUUAUAAAAUCUGGUUUUUAUUAUCAAAAUCAUUGUGCCAAACAUUGAAACAUCUCCUUUCAUUCUCUCUUUUCGGUUUAUGUUGCGAUAUAAUGCGUGUUACUUGUUCAAGAGAAACGGAUCGCACUGGAGCAAAGCGCACUUUAAAUAAUAAACGUUUAGCUGAGUGUAAGCGAUUGCAAAAAAAAGCGCUAAAGUGAGUUUAUCGCAUGUAGAUGCAAACGAAAACGGGAUAAUUUACAUGUCGACCCACAUUGGGGAUUAAAUUAACGUCGUAUGUAUUGUUACUACGUAUAUAGCGGUAGCGAUUAGGUACAGUAAUUAUUUAUGAACAGGACAAUGCCGAGUUUAAUCGUAACGCAUUGCUUGAAAUGUACCUAUAUGUGUAUCUUCUUGUAAAAUAUCAGCAUUAUUACUCUUGAUUAGGCAUCAACAAUUAUAAUAAGCAUAUUUUUUA